AUGGAGACGGCCAACAACUAUAUUUUGAUCCAUGGGAAGAACAUCUCCCACAACACCCUGAAUGGCUCUGCAGCGGUGCCCCACAUGUCCAUAGACAAGCUGUUCCCGGCUCUUCUUGAGUGCUUUGGCAUAAUACUGUGUGGUUAUAUAGCAGGCAGGGCUGAUAUCAUUACAGAGAGUCAAGCAAAGGGUUUGGGGAACUUUGUCUCGAAGUUUGCUCUUCCAGCUCUGCUCUUUAAAAACAUGGUGUUGUUGGACUUCGGGGACGUCAUAUGGGCGUUUCUCUGGAGCGUCCUAGUUGCAAAGGUUACAGUGUUUGUGCUGGUAUGCGUUCUGACACUGAUGGUGGCCAGUCCAGACAGCAGAUACAGCAAGGCUGGUCUGUAUGCCAUUUUUGCUACUCAGAGUAAUGACUUUGCCUUAGGAUACCCAAUAGUUGAUGCUUUGUAUCGAAGCACAUAUCCAGAAUACCUCCAGUAUAUAUAUCUAGUGGCCCCAGUUUCCCUCAUGCUUCUUAAUCCCAUCGGCUUUGCUCUUUGUGAGGUGCAAAGGUGGAGGCAGGCCAGCCAUCCGCAGCACAGUAGUUUUUGCAUCUUGGGAGUUGUAGUCCUGCAGGUGUUGAAGAACCCAAUCGUCUUCAUGGUGAUAGUGGGCAUCAUCUCUCACUUUGCCCUUGGCCAGCGGAUUCCUCUCAUAUUGUCAGAGUUUAUAGAUGGUCUAGCCAACUCUUUUGGAGGGGCAGCACUGUUUUACCUUGGCCUCACCAUGGUCGGCCAGCUUAGGAAACUAACCAGAGACACUGGAGUUGCUUUAAUACUGCUCAUCACAGCCAAACUCCUGGUGAUGCCAUUAGUUUGCAAAGACAUGGUGGAUAUUCUGGAUAUUGGAGUAAACAGCACAAGCGCCAACCACACAAGUUUGUCCAACUUUGCUUUUCUCUAUGGAGUAUUCCCAACUGCACCUAGUGUGGCCAUUUACGCUGCACAUUAUACCAUGGAGUUAGAGGUGGUGACAUCAGGGAUGGUAAUCAGCACAUUCCUGUCGGCGCCAAUCAUGUAUGUAUCGGCCUGGUUGUUGACAAUCCCUUUAAUGGACCCAACCCCCCUUGUGACAGAGCUUGAAAAUGUUAGCUUUAACAUCAGCAUCAUCAGCCUCAUAGGACUGGUGUGGACCAUAGGGGUGAUGUUGCUCAGCAGAAAAUUUAACCAGCUUCCUCACCUCUUUGUGUUAAAUCUAUUCCUGGCUCAGUUCUUGGUGUGUGUUAGCAUGAUUUUGUGGAACUGUUUGGUGAAACAAGAAGACAAUCUUUUUGGCAAAACUCUCACAUUUACCUUGCUGUAUGGGUCUCUGUACAGCACGUACAUAUGGACAGGUUUAAUCCCUCUCUGCCUAGCUCUGACGAACAGAAAUGAUCUUCUCAGACUCCGACCAGGAGUCUUUAUGGCUUUGGGUUGGGGUGUCCCCUUCCUGAUGGUUGGAGGUCUUCUGUUAUCAGGAGAGACGACAGACUCCAUUGACUCUGCCUUCUUUUAUGGCAGAGCUCAGAUAAUCAGCUCUGCAGUGGUCCUUGCAGUGAGCCUGGUCCUCGGAGCCGUAUCCCUGAUGGGUCUCAGUCAGGGAGACAGGGAGCAGACUGGGUACCAGGCCUUGAGUCGAGCUGCUGUAACAGGCAUCACUGAGGAACCAACGGUCCCCGUUGUCCCAGAGGAUCCACAACAACAGCAGAUGCAGGUGGCGAACUCUCCCACAUGCAGCAUCAACUCAGACCUCCAGAGUUUUUCUCCACUCCAGUCUAUACCUGACAUGAUAGCCAGCACACAGAUGGAGCACACCAACAGCACAGGCCACAGUGGAGCAUUGUGUGAUGGACAACAGCAGAGUUCCCCCUCAGAGCAGCCUCUGAACCUGCCUCCCCCUGGGCUCCAGAGCACCGAUGAUAAACAGACUGUGAGACACGUUCUGCUCUGUCUGCUGCUCAUAGUCAGCCUGCUGGCAAAUCUGUCCAGCUGUCUGUGGUGGUUGUUCAACAAAGAUCCAGGGAGACUGUACCUCGAGCUGCAGUUUUUCUGUGCUGUGGCGAACUAUGGACAGGGUUUUCUGUCUUUUGGAAUUUUUGGUUUGGACAUCUUACCAUUCAAGAAGAGGUUGCUCAGUUUUUGGCAGGGAGGGGACAGUGAUGAUCUGAGUCCUUCUGACGAAGCUGAGGAGGUCAGGCUCACCUGCACUCAGUUUGUUCGCUACCACAAAGACCAGUGUGUACAAGACAUAGUACACACACACAGGUUUGAAGGAGGGACAAACGUGAAGAACGGAGCAAGCGAUCCCUCCUCCCAUCAUCCCCAGUACCUAAACACAAAUCAAAAUCUUCAGGAGCCCAGUGAGUCGCAGAAUCUGCACCGAAUCCCAGCCGAGUCCAGCCACACUUCUCUUCCAUCCAACUCUGAGCCUCAGGAUGAGCACCAAGCCUAUAUGUCCACCCUUCGUGGACACAAAGAGGAGAUCCCUGAGCUGCACUCAGACCAAGUUCACAGUCCAACCCAGUCCAGUCCUGAAGGAGUGUUUGGAGGUAGCAACUUGGUGGACUGGCUUGUAGAAAGGGGCCUGUGCUCUGGACGAGACGAGGCCAAACUUUACGGCGGUCGCCUCCUGCAGGGAGGAGUGUUCAGUCACCUGACAGGCCUGCAGAGCUUCAGAGAUGAGCCCUCUCUGCUGUACCACUUCACCGUGGGGGGACAGGUGGUCCAGCAACACGCGAGGGAACGAGAAGGAGCGACGGAGAAGAUAUGAAGACGCAAGCACCAAAGUGAAAGUGCCUUAUGGUGCAGGCUGUUCCAGUGGCCGCUAAUGACCGACUGGAUCAUUUUCCACAAAGAUCUGAAGUUUUGAGAGAAAAUUGUGAUACUUUGGCUUGAAAAGAUAUUAAAUGAUACAUCUGAUAGCAUGCUUCCACACUUCCCAUUAAUGUCAGCUGCUUGUCCAGUCCAGUGUUCUGCUUGGGCUCAGAUUUAUAGACUGUAUUUUGCAGAUGUAAAGGAAGUUACUCACAAAAACAAACUAAUAAAAGUCUGUGUUGUAGAUCUGUUUAAAAAAGAACCCGACAAGGUGAUCAAACACUGCCUGCUGAUCCCUGACCCUGUGAAGCUCUGAACCAAGUCUUAAGUCUUUUUACUUGC